UCGGAGCGCUCCAAGAGCGCUCACUAUGAUACGCGCAUGACAUUUACCGACAUUCUGGGCCAACGUGGACACGGCCAUCCAGCUGUCCUGAAAGCCAAGAGUGCUCGGCUAGUCUGGAACAGCCUGUUCUCAAUCGAUAAUCAAAACACGCCAUCAACAUCUCACAUUCACCCCAGGACAUGUCGAACAUAUAUUUCACCCCAGGAUCUCUCUACAUCGCAGGAUUCGCACAAGCACGCGCUCCACACGUCGGACUCAUCAUCCUCACCAGCCUUCGCUUCAGGUCGCUUCGUUCACAUCAAGCAUCGUAUCGCCCGUCUGGACGUACCAAUGCAGAGUUCAGCGUGUCGAGGGUGACAUGUUCAUCUCAUCGCUGCUCCGCAUCAGAGACAUUAGCAUAUCCCAUCACUCCAGCGCGGCUGCAGGAAGCGGCGCAGGCCGCCCUGGCGCCUCAGAAUGAUGAGUCUGGGAGUGUCUCCCGCGGGUGCUGGCAGUCGUGCAGAAGUUGUAUGAUAUGGAACCUGUGCUGCAAGACGAAUUAGUGCGUUUUGUAGGGCAUAUGCCAGGAGGGACAAAUUUCCCAACGUCGCAGUGUCUCAGUUUUGUCAAUGGAUGAUUGCUGGCCGAGUGAUAGUAUUACGUCUGCCCGACGUCUCCUAGUAUUGAAGAGACUUCAG